UUUAUAAUCAGAUACCCUUGUGAUGCUGAUAUUAAAGAAGACGAGGUUCAGCAGUACAGUUUUUUUUUUAAACGUAGUGUUUCAGUGCUGUACAGACGUUCUGUGUCGUUAUCCGUUUCUCCAGUUUCUGUGAAAUACGAAUGUACCAACUUUACAUAUUUUGUUUUUAACGUGUUCUUAUUUUGUUGAUCAUUAAUGAACAUUUCUGUACUGUGGGUGUUAUCGAGUGAUUGAAAACGAGACAUCUUGUGUUUGAAUUGAAAGUGAUGGUCUCGAGGAGUCGAAUGGGUCAAACUUCAAGCAUAGUUUCCUCUAGAGGAAAGAUCACUUUUUGACGUCACUGUUGUGGCAUUAUGUUUUUUUUUUUUUAGAAUGGUUCAGGAUGCAAAUAUUGCUUUCAUCCAUGAGUUUUAUAAAAUAAUAAAAUAAAAGAAUAAAUGAAAAGAAUAGUGUGGUAUAGUUUAUAUAAGUGUGUAUGAAACCAUUCAUGAACAUGUUUUGUGUAAAAACAAAAGCAGGUGGGUCAAAUGAUCAGGUUCGUUGAUAGAGAGCCUCUUAUCUGAAAUGAUACGAACGAGGAAGUCUCUUUCACACGGCAAUGGAGAACUCGCAAGCAGCACUUCUGACGCUGGGGUUCCUGCUGUUUCUAAAAGGAUGUGAAACUUUGGCAUCAGAACGCAGUACAAACCUCGCUGUGGGAGUUGGAGAGGAUGUGCAGCUGAAGAUUAAUCCACCUGUAGCUGUAUCUGUAGUGACCUGGUCUUUCGGAUCUUUAGGCUUAUUUAUUGUGACAUGGAAUGGUGUCUCUGAGACUGUAGCCCUUCCGUAUCAGGGUAGAGUCGAGCUGAAUAAAAACACAGGAACACUGACACUCAAAAAUGUAAGCCGAAGUGACUCUGGAGAUUAUGUGUAUCAGGCUGUAAACUCUGCAACAGGACAUCCGGUACAAUAUAAUGGAAACAUUGCCUUGAAUGUUUAUCAGUCAAUAACUAAUGUAAAUGUGAAACCCAGCCCUGCACAGCCAAUAGCAAACCAGGCUCUAAACCUGACCUGCGAUGUGCUUGGAUCACAGACUGUUUCCUCAAGGCUCUGGCUGAUGGACGGUCAGCUCUUGUCCGCUAGUGACAGAAUAACAUUGUCUGUGGACAGCAGUGUAGUCUCCUUCAACCCAGUGCUGCAGUCUGAUGAUGGAGAAUAUCAGUGUAAAGCUAGUAACUCUGUAAGUGAAGUGACGAGCGCUGGAUACAGAUUGGAGGUCUAUUGUUUGGGGUCCUUGUCUUCAGGAGAGAUCGCUGGAAUUGUCAUCGGCACACUUGCAGGGGUCACUGGCGUUGCUCUUGGGGUGUAUUUCAGUGUAAAGCUAUGCAGGAACAAUCCACAUGAUCUCAGACCUGGUCCAGCUCAAAGCAGUCCAGGUUCUGUCAUUUAUGAAAACUUCAAGGAGCCGAGUGCAUCAGCAACGUAUGAGAACACCACUGCUAUCCGGAGAGCAGGCGAAGCAAAAAACCCGGACAGCACAUACACAGGCUUACAGUUUCCUGAUCAGUCCACAUACAGCACCUUGAACAGACCUUGAUUCAGGAAACAUCACAACAGCCGUACAGCCUGUGACCUCAAGAGUAUUUCUGAAAGUUCUUAUUUAAAUAUUUCUACUACUUCUGCUUCCUGCACCUAAUGACUGUUUCUGUUGUAUUUUUGUAAACACACACACACACACACAAACACAAACACACACACACAUUGCAUUCACACAGACACACACACACACACACACUGCAUUCACACACACUCACAGACACACACACUGCAUUCACACAGACACACAUGCACACA